GCUCAAAGACCCUUUACACAAGACCAAUGGAAUCAGGUGCAUUUGGAAAAAAACAAAACAAAGAGAAAACAAAACAGACGGGAGAUAUUGAAUAUACACAAUAUUGAAAUACAUUAUCAAGGAAAUGACGAGUUCAUACGAAAUCUUCUUUCAAGUCAAUCAACCUUUGGGCAAAACCAAUCAUAUACAAUCCCUCAGAAUACAUACAUAGGGAAAUUAGAUUAUCAGAUUUGUUCCUGUAUUUACGACAGCCCCUGAAGGCGUCAGUGGCCGUCCGCGCAGGCGCAGUGUCCUCGCAGUCCAGUUACCAUCUCCUUCCGCCGCCAUCCUCCAUCCCAGAGCCGGACAGCAGCACCAACCUGCAAUAAAACAUGAGCUACACAGUGGAAGAGAGAGGGAACCCGAACUCCCUGGGCUACCGCCUGUUCUUCAAAAAUGCUGAAGGGAAGUACAUCUCACCAUUCCAUGACAUACCCAUGUAUGCUGAUGAGAGCCAGAACAUCUUCCACAUGGUUGUUGAGGUACCAAGAUGGACAAAUGCAAAGAUGGAGAUUGCUACAAAAGACAUCUUGAACCCAAUAAAGCAAGAUGUGAAGAAGGGCAAGCUGCGAUAUGUUGCCAAUGUUUUCCCACACAAGGGCUACAUAUGGAACUAUGGAGCCAUUCCUCAGACAUGGGAAGAUCCAGCACACAAAGACAAAGACACCGACUGCUGUGGCGACAACGACCCCAUCGAUGUGUGCGAAAUCGGCAGCAAGGUGUGUUCCCGUGGCGAGGUAAUCAGAGUGAAGGUGCUCGGAGUCCUGGCCAUGAUCGAUGAGGGCGAGACUGAUUGGAAAGUGAUUGCAAUCAAUGUAGAGGACCCUGAAGCCAACGACUUGAACAACAUCAGCGACGUUCAGCGCCUGAAACCUGGUUACCUGGAGGCCACGGUCGACUGGUUCAGGAGGUACAAAGUGCCAGAUGGGAAACCAGAGAACCGGUUUGCCUUCAACGACGAGUUCAAAGACAAGGACUUUGCCAUUGAAGUAAUCAAGAGCACUCACAGCUUCUGGAAAGCCCUUGUCAACCAAAAGGCCAACGCUGGUGAACUGAACUGCAAGAACACGUGUGUGUCAGCCAGUGACAGCCCUUUCUGCUGCUCAGUAGAUGAGGCUAAAGCUGCUGUUAGUGAAACAUGUCCGUGCGGAAAAGAAGAGCCUAUCCCCUCAUCAGUAGACAAAUGGUUCUACUAUGAGAGGAAGUAAAGCAGGCGCUGGUUGGCUUGGAGCAAAGUGAAAGGCUCAUCUCUCAGGAACACUUGAAGAUGGUCUUACAUUAGGAACCAAUGGGAUGACGGGACGGGACGUGGAUGUUUGGGUCUGGGUCGUCUGAUUUCAUGUAGAUAGAGAGAUAACUGUUAGAUACUGUAGAGAAAGGCACUUAAAAAAGUUAUGUCUUGACCAAUGAAUUUUCACUUAUUUAACAAGAUCUCGUUGGGAGUUGGUGCUGUCAUAGACCAAGUACAGGUACCAGUCGAUACUUGCUCUGUAUGAGACUCUGAACUGCUUUAAUAAAGCCUCUCGGGUUAAAUUAUCAAA